AUGUCUUUUUCCUCCAGCGACGAUGAUACUUCAGCUCUUUCUCUCCAGUCACCCCUUGAGGACCUCUCGCUAGAAUUCACCACAGACCGGAAGUUUAUUAGAUGGGCAAAUGCAAACCCUCGACACCCCCGAAAUUGGACGACGAAUCGCAAGGUUUAUGAUACCGCUAUAAUUAUAUGGCUCGAGUUCUUUACGACUGCCAUCAGUGCAAGUGGAGCCUCGGCAGCGGCGGACGCCCAGCACGAAUUCGGCAUUUCUCACACAUUAUCUGUAUUUCUUUUCAUUUCGAUAUAUCUCAUUGGACAGAGCAUUGGCGGCAUUGUCUUUCCUCCGUUCUCGGAAUGUUUCGGGAGGCGAUGGCUAUACAUUAUUAGUAUGGCGAUUUACUGCAUUUCUUGUUUAAUAACUGGCUUAGUCCCCUCAAUCUCGGGCGUGGUAAUUGGCCGUUUCUUCAGUGGUUUCACGUCAGCCAUCCCCACGGCCGUGGUGCCUGGCAGUAUUGAGGAUCUCUACAAUGCCAAAGAUCGAAUUGUGUUUGUCUUUCUCUGGGCCAUGUUGGCAAACACAGGUCUCAUUAUUGGACCAAUAAUGGGUACUUACAUUGUGAGCACCCUUGGGUGGAGGUGGAUAUUCUACAUUGGAGCAAUCGUAGUUGGCAUCACAACGGCCUUCCUCUUCAAUCUUCAAGAGUCCAGACACACCAUUCUUCUCGAAAACGAGGUAUCCAAGCUUCGUAAAGUAACAGGAAUGCAGGAGCUCCGUGCUCUCAACCCAGACCACGUUCCCGACCUCCGAACAUUCCUUCAAUCGGCUGUUUUUCGACCCGCUCGUUUCCUCUUCACCGAGCCCAUUGUCUUUCUCGUAUCGACUAUAGCGAGUAUAGCUUUUGCGAUGGUUUAUCUUUUCACAGAAGCACUUCCUGCUGUGUAUGCCGAUAUGGGGUUUACAACCCAAACAUCUUCUCUACCCUUUUUAGCUCUCGGUUGUGGAUUUCUACUCAGCUCUCUUACGCGAGUCCUCGAUCACGCUAUUUUGGACAAGCUUUAUCGAGAAGGCAAGCCAAUUACCCCAGAAUCAAAAUUGAUCGGCUUCUCUAUUGGAGCGCCCGUGCUUGCCCUCGGGCUGUGGUGGUUCGCUUGGACAAUCCCGCCCCUCGUGCCAAACGUGCACUGGAUCGUCUCGGCCACUGCUCUCGUGCCAGUUGGGUACGCUCUCAACGAGAUUGACACCGUGCUUGCUGGUUACCUAGCAGACAGCUAUUUGAGCUACGCGUCCAGCGGAUUCGCUGCCUUGUCGUUCCUACGCGCGAUUCUAUCGGCUAUUUUCCCUCUGUUCACGGAGAAGAUGUACGCUGAUCUGAAUGCCAACGUUGCAACAUCUGUUCUGGCAGCCGUCUCUACUGUUUUCUGUAUCAUACCUCCGCUUUUCAUACGCAUGGGGGCCAGGAUUCGGAAAAGAAGUAAGUUCGCCGAGCGAAGCUUGCAGAUUUACAUGGAAUCUACAGUCGAUCUUGACGGCUACUAG